AUGCAAGCUGUGCGGGUGCUGUUGCUGACCCUCUGUGCUACUCUGGGGGUCGGAGCCCAGUCCUUUGGGAAGGGCCGGUGCCCAGUACCUCCUGUCCAGCAGGACUUUAGCGUAGCCAAGUAUUUGGGCAGGUGGUAUGGCAUCGAGAAGCUUCCAGCUGUGUUUCAAAAGGGAGAAUGUAGCCAGGCAACCUACACCCUCCAGAGUGACGGACUGGUCAAUGUCCUCAACCAAGGUCUUCUGCCUGAUGGGGAAAUCACCAACACCAGGGCAACAGCUCGUGUGGCAGAUCUGAAUGACCCUGCCAAGCUGGAAGUGAUCUUCACAGGAAGUCCACGUCCACGUCCUUACUGGGUGCUCGCCACCGACUAUGACAACUAUGUUCUGGUGUACUCCUGCACCAACAUCAGUGAGGAGUCCUACGUGGAGUUCGCCUGGAUCAUGAGCAGGACUCGCUCCCUCUCUGCAGACAUCGUCGCUGGGCUGAAGGACAAGCUUCAUUCCCAUGGCAUCACGACGGACAACUUGACCGCCACAAUCCAGACCGGCUGUAGUAGCAUGCCUGAAUGA